GAAGUCUCACGUGUUCCGCCAAAACGCCCAGGUUGUUCUUCCGUCCACUAUGGCUGACUUCUAUGAAACUCAGCUCCUCUGGCUGGCCGGAAUAUGCAUCGUCUCUCUGGUCUGCGAGAACCGAAUCUCAAAAAGGAAACAAAGGCUCAACUCUCGGGACAACGCCAAUGAGAAACGCGGGGGCUCGAUGCACACGUUGAUGCGUCAAUAUCUCGUCGUGUAUGCGAUAGUCAUGGCGGCGGAUUGGCUGCAAGGGCCUUACGUGUAUUCCUUAUAUCGAGAACAAUAUGGAUUUUCGGAGAGAAUGGUAGCAGUAUUGUUCGUGACAGGCUUCAUCUCUGCGGGAUUGACUGCGCCUCUUAUUGGUGUAUGGGCAGACCAAUAUGGUAGACGCCGUAUUUGCCUCGCUUUCUGUGCCACGUAUACCCUGACAUGUUGCUGCAUACUCGUCCCAUCGCUUCCGGCUCUUUUACUUGGACGCGUUUUCGGUGGAAUUUCGACCUCAAUCCUUUUCUCAGCAUUUGAAUCAUGGGUCGUUUCCGCGUCCAACUCCCUCGCUCUGCCGCAGUCAGAUCUCUCUCUCAUCCUUGGCCGUGCAACCCUUACCAAUGGCUUUGUAGCUACUGGAGCUGGGGUUUUGAGCAACCAACUUGUUGGUUUCACCAAUUCCUUUGCGUCGCCCUUCGUUGGAAGCGGGGGGUUGCUCAUCCUUGCGUAUGCGGUAAUUCGAGGUACUUGGACGGAGAACUAUGGAAGCUCGGAAGGGAAUGCGUCAGCCGAUCUUUUCCAAAUCAAUCGUCUGGGACAAGCGUGGAAGAUUGUACGAAAGGACCCGUUCCUCCUCGUCCUUGGUUUCACGCAAACAUGCUUCGAGGGAGGCAUGUAUCUCUUUGUUUUUCUCUGGGUUCCAUCCUUACAAGAAGCGACCAAAUCCUAUGACCCGCUCCCGCUCGGAUACAUAUUCUCAGCAUUCAUGGUCAGCAUGAUGCUUGGCUCAUUAAUAUACACCGUCAUAGUCACCCAUCUGAGUCCACCGAGCGAAAGAUCCUUACCCAACCCCUCAUCCACUUCACUGGCAACUGGCGACAACUCUUUGACACUGCACGCCAAGCUGAGCAGCGCCGUCUGUGCGGUUAGCGCCCUGGCCCUCGCUCUCAGUGUUACCUCAGAGGACGAGAAGGCCAGGUUCUGGGCAUUCUGCACAUUCGAGGCAUGCGUUGGGAUGUACUAUCCCGUGCAAGGUAUGCUGAAGGGAACAUUGAUCUCUGAUGAGCACAGGGCAACCCUUUCUGCACUCUUCCGAGUCCCAUUGAACAUAUUUGUUGUGGUGUCGUUACUCACCGGCGUCUCGUCUGCACGAUACGCUGUUUUGUCGGCCACUUCGCUUAUGCUGGCCGCAUCGUCCGUUUUGACUGGAUUGGUGGUCGUUAGCCGCGCAGAUGCGCACCAUGCAGGUAAACCACGUCACCCUCUUCGCGGGUAGAUAGGAGUAAAAAACAAGAAAUGACCUCUUUGCAGGAUCGGCAUAGCCGUUGAGCCUGCAGAAAAAUAUGCCAGAUGGACAAAACGACCACGGAAGGAAGCCCAACCAACGAAGUAGAACUACUAAAACACUCACUCGACGGUCUAUCACAUUUUCGCUCACUUUCGUACACCCUACUUCCCCACCCUACUUCUGUCCCAGUAUAUUACACCUCAUCUUCGAAAGACUAUAAUUUAUUAUAGAUCGAAACUCCAAGUUUUCACGCCCGAGUCGAUCAGUUCCUUUCUCUACUCUAUAUACCACACACAUUUUAUGAUCGUCAUAUGUGAAUCAUAUUCAUUGAUUGAGCUCAAUAAAUA